CGUAAACGCAAAUGAUGUAUGUUGUGAUGAGUAUAAAAUAAAUUUUGUUGCACAGACGAAAUGAUAAAAUAAAACAAGUAAUAACAAGCAGCAGUAGCAGCAGAAAUAGAACCAGAAACAAAUGAAUUUACAUAAAGAUGUGAAUGAAAAUUGAAUGAACUGAAAGAAUAAUAAAAUAAAUAAAAUGUGUAUAUUGUAUAAGUAACAAAAUAAAAGAGAGAUAGGAGAUUUAUGGGCAUAUAGUCAUAGUUGGAUGUAGUGUAUAGCAUCAUCAAAAGCAAGAAAGGAAGUCUCAACGAUAGAUGUUAUGAAAUUUAAUGUCCCAUAAGAAUGUGCACAUGAUAUAAUAUGAAAUCAUCAUCAUUAUCCAUAUAUAAAUAAGUAUAAAUAUAAACAGCAUAAAUAUAGAUACAGUUUGUAUGACUGAGUGAAGAAGGAUCAAAUGUUAAAUGAUAUAUAAAUAAUAGAGAGAGAAAAAAGCAAUAAAUGAGUAUAAUAUAGUUGUUAAUAGCAGUGAAUAAGUCCAAUGAUUACUGUCGUAACGGAAUUAAAUUAUGCGGAUGCUUACUGACCUCUUGUGCAGUCAAAUUACAUCGAGUAUCAUCAAGUGUGUCUUAAAAUGUUGGAUUAUGCUUUUGAUUGUCGGGUGCCCUUCACAUAAUAACGGAUUAUCGCCAUUCGUAGGAGAUAAAAAUAGUAAAAUGAUACGUAAAAAUCAAUACUUACUAUUGCCUCAUGUACCGAAUCGAAAUGGUGAUAAAGUUGAUGCAUCAAAUAGUAGUAGCAAUAACAAUGAGACUAGUGAUACAAAUGAUAUGAAUCUACAGCAUAUUGUAAAUCACAAUUUCCUUAUGGAAACUAGUGAAAAUAACAAUCUUGCAUCAGUGAAUGAGAAUGAUGAAAACUAUUUUGAAAUAUUCAAGACUCCAAUGAGAUUCGGUACGGAAAAUCAUACAGAAGUGAUAGCACAAGUUGGAACAACUGCACAUUUGCCUUGUACAAUUCACAAUAUUGGAGAAGGAGUGGUGUCAUGGAUUCGGAAAAAUGAUUAUCAUUUAUUAACUGUUGGAUUAACAACGUACAGCAGCGACGAAAGGUUUUGUGCAACGCACUUAAAAAAUUCAGAAGACUGGACUUUACAGAUAAAAUAUGUUCAAAUGAGAGAUGCAGGACAGUAUGAAUGUCAAGUCACAAAGUAUCCGCCCAUGUCAAUAUUUUUAACAUUGAAUGUUGUAGAAGCGAGAGCAGAAAUUGUAGGUCCAUCACUGAAAUAUCUCACACCAGGCUCAACACUAAAGCUCAUUUGUAAAGUUUUACAAAGUACGGAAGCAACAGCGUACAUAUUUUGGUAUCACGAUAAUAGAAUGAUAAAUUACGAUCUCGACAGAGGGAUAAAUGUUUCAUCAGAAGCAGACUUUCAUUAUUCAGAGCUUACCAUAUUACACACUACGAAAGAUCAUUCUGGAAAUUAUACUUGCGUUCCAAGCAAUUCUCAACCAGCAUCAGUCGUCGUACACAUUUUCAAAGGUGACGUCGCUGCAAUGUAUCAUGAGCAUCGGAGUUGUGGAAGUUGUUGUUGGCUUAAACACCAUGUUAUGAACAUUAUUUUACUUUUAGCCAUCUCGAAACUUGUUUCGUUUGUAAAUUUCAAGUUUGUAGCUGUUUGAUAAGGAACAAAUAAUGAUAUUUAUUGCAGUAAUUUUUUAUUAUUGAUUCUACAUUUAUUGCGUUUUGAAAUGUUUAUCUUGGUUUGGGAAACAAAACUGAAGAAAACUUUAAUUUAUUGCAUUUUCUUAUUUACUGUUUCAACAAUUGAAACUUCAAGAUGAAUAUAAAUAAAAGUAAGAGGUUCCA